AUGAACCUUUGGAGACCAUCCUUCCUGAGUGCUGAGCUGAUAUUCUUUGCAGUGACAGCCACAGGAUUGCUCAUUAAGCCCCGAGAGGGUAGCGUUGCUGGAGGAACAUGGAUUACUAUUACCCUGGAUGGCUCAACAUCCCACCAGCUAGAACGUGUGUCUUCAGCCAGCAUGUCCCAGCUGGAGGUGUCCCUGGUGAAUCCAGACCUGCCCAGGUUGCCUUGUGAUGUCUCUCCUCUGCAUUUUGACUUACCCACCAUAAGAUGCAGAACAAGGUCUUCAUCCCAGGAGGGUUUGUACUAUGUGGAGGUCAUCUUUAAAGGACGUGUAAUUAACAACUCGACUGAGGUGGAGAAAGAAAACUGUACUUUCAAGUUCUCUGCUGUGCAGACACCUGUGGUUCGCCAAAUUAGUCCACCAUCUGGCAUCCCAGGAAAUUUAAUAGAGAUCUAUGGGAAGACAAUUGCUGGAAGAUAUGAGACUCUGGACUUCAACGUGGAUUAUAUUGAUGGACCAGCUAUCCUUGUGGCGGAAGGAGAUGGAUGGACCAGUCUCUGCUCUUUUGCUGACAGGCGAGCUGGAAACAUUUACCCUAUUCGGGCAGAAGAUGGACUGGGGACCCUGCAGUGUCGAGUGGAAGGGAACCACAUAGGGUCCCACAAUGUUAGCUUCUCGGUGUUUAACAAAGGAAAGUCAGCAGUACACAAAGAUGCUUGGCUCAUCAGUGCCAAACAGGAGCUUUUCUUGUACCAAACGCAUUCAGAAGUAGCUUCGGUGUUCCCAGCUGGUGGGAGUCUCGGAGGAGGCACUGAUCUCACUGUCACGGGGGACUUCUUUGAGGAGCCAGUGCAGGUCACUGCUGCAGGUGUCCCCUGUAGAGUCAAGCACGUCUCUCCGCAGCAAAUCAGAUGCACCACUGAGCCUGUCGGCAAGAGCAGGAGGCUUGGUGCCCCCCAGCCAGGAAACAGAGGGCUUCUCUUUGAAGUCUGGGAUGACGCCUCUGAUCUGACAGAAGCAGGUCCUGGAUAUAGAUGGCAGUUUGUACCUAAUGCCAGUUCCCCAGUAAGAUUUCUGUCUGGGGCAAAGAAGUCCUUCAGUUCCAGGCUUCGUGGAUUUUUUGUGGCUCCUCAGACCAACAAUUACACCUUCUGGAUUCAGGCAGAUGGUCAGGCAUCUCUCUACUUAAGUUUGUCCCAAGAUCCAGAACAUAAGGUGAGAAUAGCUUCUCUCCCUGCCGGCAAUUCGGAGUGGUCUGAGAACUGGGUGAAGAGCUGGAGUGAGCGCUGGCAGCCAAAAUCCCAGAAAUUUGAGCUAACUGCUGGUUCGAAGUACUACUUGGAAGCGCUGCAUCAUGGAAAGGCACCCAGCAAUGGGAUGAGAGUUGGAGUCCAGAUACACAACACGUGGCUGAAUCCCCGUGUGGUGAACAACUACUACAUUGAGAGACACGAAAUUCGGGCUCAUGCUUUGCAUCUUCCAGAAAUGCAGAUGUUGACUGUGUCUGGUACUGGGUGUUUCAGUAUCUCCUGGAAUAACGUAAUGCGCAGAAUGAUCCCCACAAAUGCUACGGCUCACCAGGUGCAAACAGCAAUAGAGGAACUUCUUUCAAUAAGAUGUGAAACUGAGCCAACCUCUGCUAAAAUCCUUUUCCGUGAUGGCUUUGAGAAAGAAGAUAUAAAGGGCGUCAUCACCACAGGACACAUUGUCAGUGGAACAGAACCUUUCUGUGGGAGGUUCAGUGUUCACAGACCAAAGCAGCUGGUGAAAACUUCCCCAUCAACUCUACCAAGUUAUGAUCUUACUGAAUACACACAUGUAUGUUUUGCACAUAAAGGCCGUAUGAGCAAUAUUCUUCAUAUCUCGGUGUCCUACACCAAUGUCUCUUUAUGUUCAGUGAAGAGGAACCUCACCUGCCUGUGGGAUUUCAACGAAACUGACUCUAAAAGCUGGACAUUUGUCUGCACUGACCUCUGGAAGGGGUGUGUGAAUCUCUCCACGCUUCUCCAGGACCUCCCUGCCAACGCCUCAGUGUUUGUGCAUCAGAUCAACUUGCUGAGCUCUGUGCUGCAAAAGAAAACAUCUGGGUCAUUUUACCUUGAUGAAGUCAUCAUCGCAGACAGAGCUGUGACUGUUUCUCAGAGAGAUCCCAAACCACCUCGGCCAGGUGGGAGAAUAGUUGAAGCAGUAUCUGUGGUGGGGUCUUCUCCCACCUACAAUGUGUCCUGGAUGGUGUCUGGCUGUGGUGCAAGUCCACCCCUUCUCUCUCCAAGAGGUGCUUUGCUUGGGGAAAGCUCUGAGGAGUUUGGCCACCUCUAUGUCUCCACGGAGGAUGUGAGAGUCAGCCUCACCAUUCAGAGACUGCAAAAGUCAUCGCCACCUAUAGGAGGGACCUUCCGCAUCCAGCUGGCCAAUACACUGAUACCAGAUGUUUCAGUGCACAUCUCCUCCCGCCAUCUCCGCAAGCUUUUGCAAGAAAACAUAGAUAAUUCUACAGCUCCAUACUUCAACACCAGUGACUUCAUCGUGACCAAAGUCUCAAACUCUUGUUAUGAAAGAAUCUGGACACUGACUUGGAAAACAAAAACUGGGGACUUGCCCGAUGUUAUCAGUGUCUCUGCUGAAAGCCUCACUGGUCUGAAGCCAACUGUUUCUAGUCGUGUGGUAUAUGAUGGGGGUGUCUUUAUUGGACCAAUAUUUGGGGACAUGCUUGCUACCUUCAAUAACAAAACACAGGUGGUGGUGGUGGUGAAUGAUGUCCUUGCAAACUGUUCUGGUUCAUGCUCUUUCCAGUUCAGCCAGGAAUUGACACCCGUAGUCAGUGAUGUGGAGUAUUUGCCAGGUGACGGGUCCCAGGCCACAGUAGUUAUCAGGGGAGCUGGCUUCACUGAGGAGAAGCUAGCCCUGCAUGUGAAGGUGAACAACACAACCUGCCAUGUCAUAACGUUGAAUCAAACCAAAGUGGUUUGCCAGAUGGAGAGGCUGCCAGUCGGAGUCUACCAGUUGGCACUACUGGUGAGACCUUACGGCUUUGCACUCAGUGCCGGCACAGGAGAAGGCAUCUUCUUAAGAGUUGAGCCAAAGCUGGUAGCUAUCGAGCCUCCUACAGCUUCAGAGAUUGGAGGACUGAGUGUGGCUCUCAGAGGGACCAGUCUGGAAGGGGUAAAUUCGGUGUUGUUUGGAUCACAGCCUUGCCCAAUUUUGGAAGAUCACCGGAAUUCAACAAGAAUUGAAUGUAAAGUUCCCUCUCGGGGGACGGAAGAUGCUGCUGUCCAUGUGACACUAAUUUCUGGGUACCAGUCAACAACAGUAACCAGCUUGUUCCAGUACGAUCCUUCCUUAAACCCCGCUCUUGUGUCACUGAGCAGAAACAGAAGCGGCAUAGCAGGGGGUCAGGAGCUUCAGAUUGGAAUAUCCCAGUUUGCCAGCUACCGAGGGUCAGAUAUCAAGGUGCAAAUCGGGAGCUCAUGGGCAGAGAUCCAGGCGCAGAUGGACCGUGGUGUUAAUGUGACGCUUCCAGCGUUGGCGGCGGGAUGGUACAAUGUUUCUGUCAUCAUCAAUGGCAUUGCCGUUGCUUCAGAUGGGGUUGAGCCGUUAAUCCAGUACCUCUCAGAGAUCUUCAGCAUAGAGCCGUGUUGUGGCUCCUUUCUGGGUGGAACACUGCUCACAAUCUCUGGGGUGGGCUUUAGUCAAAAUCCUGCCCUAGUCUCUGUUUCGAUGAACAGGCAAACCUGUAUGGUUACUCAUUUGGCAGAAGAGACAGUUUGGUGCCUGACCCCGCCAGCUGCUAAUUCGUCUAAUGAAGAUUCACAAAACAUCUCUGUCAGAGUAAACGUAGUCAUCACCAGUAGCUCACUUCAACAUAUCCUUUCUGCAAAAAGGACCGCCACCUUUGAUUACCAAAGAGCUUUGACUCCUCUGAUUACUGCCGUUGAAAUGGAAAUCACAGCUAGCAGCCUGCUCUUGGGUGUUCAGGGAAUAAACAUCACUGGAUCUGUGGCUAAGCUUGGACACAGUGAAUGUGAACUUGAGUUUCCACACGGCAACACGUCUGCAAAGUUUUAUCAGUGUUCUUUGCCAAUGAACAGCCUGGAACCUGGGACUUUCCCCAUCCAAGUUAUCCAGAGGCAGCUAGGAUAUGCUCAUGUGACAGCAAGGCUAAAGGCCCUUACAAUAACUCCACGGAUAACCUCCAUAUUCCCGUCACAAGGAUCAAUCUGUGGUGGAAUGUUACUCACUAUAUCUGGUAUGGCUUUAAAAUCCAGGAGGAAUUUGGUACAGGUCAGCCUGGAGAGCAAUUAUUCCUGUGAGAUCCAGAACUCUGAUAACAACGUCAUUAGUUGUAUUGUCCUUCCAGGGGCCCAUCCUUUACGUUACCAGUGGUUGGCUGAGACGUCUUGGGCUCUUAAUGUCACAGUGACUGUCAAUGGGAUCAGCAGUGUCUGCCUUGGGGACUGUACACUCCACCUUCAUGAGCAGUGGACGCCCCUUAUAGAUUUGGUGACUUGGGAGACCAACGGGACAUUAACCUAUGUGAUGAUCAAAGGACAGAGGUUGGCAUGGCCAGGUGACAGCCCUGUGGUACAUGUGAAUAACCAGGCUGUCUGCAAGGUAGCUUUUUGGAAUGAGACCAGCAUCAAGUGCCAGACAGACUGUAUUGCCCCAGGGGAGUACGAUAUUUCCGUAUCAUACAGGAAAAGUGGGCAAGCUUGCUUCAGAAAGGCAUCCAGCGUCCUCAUCAUCCCGCCUCGGGUGCACCAGUUUUACCCACAAAACUUCAGUACCAAUGGUGGAGGCCUGCUUACCUUAACAGGCUUGGCCCUGAAAGGAAAGAGAAUGACUUCGGUUCUCAUUGAUUAUCACCCUUGCUUUCUUCUCAGUGUCACCUGUGUAGCUAUCCAGUGCAUGGUGCCUCCGGGUAACGGGACAAGGGCUUUGAGUCUAAAAGUAGAUGGCAUAUUCCGUUACCUUGGAAGAAUAAGUUACGACAAGGAGUUUACCCCAGCUUUCCUUUCGCUUGUUGCAACUGGUCUCCUUUUAACGAUGACCAUAUCACAGGUCACAGAGAUGGACACCAUCUAUGUGUUUGUUGGAGACUUUGCUUGUAGUGGUGUCACCAUCACUCGCUCUACUUUGCAGUGCUCAGCUCCUCUGCUCCCUGCUGGCCGGUAUCACGUGCUGGGCCUGGGUGUCCCCAGGGGUUGGGCUUCCUCCAACCUGACAUUCACCUCUCCGCUGAUGGUGACGGCUGUGCAUCGUAACUGGGGUGGCUUGCACGGAGGAGCAGUUUACCUGCAUGGAACUGGGUUUUCCCCAGGGAAGACUUUGGUCACGGUCUGUGGCACCCCCUGUGAAAUGUUGGACAACGCGACGAUGACUGACCUGAGCUGCCUUGCCCCACGCUUACAUGCAUCUUUGGCCAUUCUCUGUGGCCUGACACAUUCUUCUGUUGACUGCCGAGAAGACAGAGCCACCUUCAUUGAGUGUGAUGUCCAAGUCACGGUGGAGUCCUAUCACCAGAGAGGAUCUGUGUCUUACCUGUAUGUCUGUGAGGACAGCCCACCUCAGUGGCACUGGAGGGACACCAACCCACCCCAGAGGUGUUUUGCUGGACUCUUUGUCAGCCCUAAAGUGGAAAGAGAUGAAGUUCUCAUCUAUAAUAGCUCCUGUAACAUUACCAUGGAAACUGAGGCAGAGAUGGAGUGUGAGGGAGCUAAUCAGCCAAUUACCGCCAAGAUUACUGAGAUAUGGAAAAACUGGGGCCAGAACACUCAGCUUUCCCUCCAGUUUUGUGGCCGAUGGGACGAGGACUCCAGCUGGCCUGCUGGCCACCAGCCGCGAGGUGGCGAUAACGUCACGAUAGAAGAAGGUCGGACCCUGCUGCUGGGGACCACCACCACCAACCUCAACCUGCUGCAUCUCAAAGGUGGCAAACUCUUGUUCACUGGUCCAGGACCUGUAGAAUUGCAUGCUCAUUACAUUCUGAUAUCUGAUGGAGGAGAGCUCCAGGUGGGAUCUCCCGAGACCCCUUUCCGUCACAAAGCACACAUCUAUCUCUAUGGAAGCCUCCACUCUCCACCAUUAUUUCCAUACGGGGUCAAGUUCCUGGCAGUGAGGAAUGGGACCCUUUCAAUUCAUGGUUGGAUGCCCAAAGUAGCUUUCACACACUUGAAAUCAUCAGCUCAUGCUAAUGACACACGACUGCUGCUCCAGGAACCUGUUGACUGGCACCCCGGUGAUGAAAUCAUGGUGGGAAGGACAGGCGUUGGAGAAGUGCAACAGCAAGAAGAAAUGGUUGUUAUUGAGUCUGUGAACAACACGGAGCUGUACCUUAGAUCACCACUCAGGUACUCCCACAACGUUGGAGAGGGAUGGGUGAACGGCCAAAGCCUGCCUUUGAGUGCUGUGGUGGCACUGAUUAGCAGAAGGGUGGUUGUUCAAGGAAAUGUCACGAUGGAGAGGAUGUCACACCUCAGAGAGUGUGCAAAAGCAGGUGUUACAAGAGGUGGCUCCAGGUGUCUGUACAAGCUAAGCGAGAGACAGCUGGGGUCUCGGGACCUGGGGGCCAUCAUGGUUGUGGAGGCCUUCCAGGGAGAGGUGAGUCGGCUCCAGGUGGAGGGGGUCCAGUUCCGCCAUGUGGGCCAAGCGUUUCGGCAGGACUGCAGUGCCCUGACUGUCACUGGCAAUGCGCGGAUGUCAGACUCUUACAUACGUGGCUGUUGUAUUUUGGACUCCUUCGGCCAAGGACUCCGUCUGACCGGGAUCUCAAACCUUAAUGUGGACAGCAAUGUUUUCUAUAACAUUUCAGGCCAUGGGCUUCUACUAGGGGAGGGACUGGAAGAGGGGAACAGAGUCAGUAACAACAUAGUGAUUGGCCUUUCUGGAACAGAUGGUUUAUCCAACAUUGAGACACUGUCACCAGCAGGGAUCUACAUCAGGGCUCCUGCCAACCACAUCGAGGGUAACACAGUGUGUGCUGCUGGGUAUGGCUAUUUCUUUCAUCUCUCCCCUGAGGGACCAUCCAGAAUGCCUCUCCUGUCCUUCAGGGAGAACGUAGCUCAUUCCUGCACAAGGUAUGGGUUGCUGGUAUACCCAGAAUAUUUGCCAGACAACCCAAACAGACCUGUUCAGUUCAACAGUUUCAGAGCUUGGAGCAGCCAAGGUGGAGCACAGAUUUUUAGUAGCAGCAACCUUGAACUCCAACAUUUCUGGAUUUAUGCUUGCAAAGACUUUGGCAUUGACAUCGUGGAAAGCCUGGGAAACACUUCUGUAGCUGAUAGUGUUUUAAUUGGACACAUUGGGCAAAAGGAUAGGACCUGUAUGUCAUCAGGACUAAAAACUCCCAAAAGAUACCAGCUAUUAAUCUCCAACACAGCUUUCAAGAACUUUGAUGUGAACACUUGCACAGCGAUAAGGACUUGUUCUGGCUGUUACCAAGGGCAGGGUGGGUUUACAGUGAGAGCUGAACAUCUGACCUUCAUCAACUCACCUUUCCAAGUGUCCUUCCCCUUUCCUCACUCUGCCAUCCUCGAGGAUCUCGACGGCUCUGUCACGGGGCAGAAAGGAAGCCAUAUCCUCCCUUCCACAGAUAUCCUUGCGGUAUCUUGCACAGCCAGUGCCAACUUCAGUCAAGCUUCUGGCGGCAGUGUUUGCGGCAGCGACCUUGUUUUCCACCGUAUGUCUCUUCAUUUAAACAACGCUCCAGACAGUCCCUAUAAUUUAACUGUGACUGACAGUAGGAAUAAGACAACCACAGUCAAUUACGUCCCUGAUACUUUAUCAAACCUGUAUGGCUGGAUGGUUCUCCUCUUGGAUAAAGAGACUUAUGCAUUGACAUUUGACAACCCUUUGGUCAGCAAACGGCUCCAGUACUCGGUGACAUUUAGCAACUUCACUACGGGGAAUUACUUGCUGGUGGAACACAGGGAUCUUCCCGCCCAUGUUGAGGUUGUGGUAGCCUGUGGGACAAGGACUGGACAGCCACUCCAAUUUCUGCCUUCAUAUGGACAUCAUAGGAGCUGUGACUGGUAUCUUGACAGCAGACUGAGGACGCUGACCUAUUUGGUCACAGGAGCUGACUUGAUUCAGGUCACACUGAAAGAGAAGGAAAGAGCGGCUGUCCCUACCCCAGUUUCUUCUGAUGCUGUCUUGAAAUGGUCGCACCCAGAGACAUGGAACGGUGUGGAAAAAGGCUGGGGUGGAUUCAACCACAGCAUCCCAGGCCCUGGGGAAGAUGUCAUCAUCCUACCUAACCGGACCAUCCUGGUGGAUACGGCUCUUCCCCCUCUGAGAGGUCUCUAUGUCCUGGGGACCCUUGAGUUCCCCAGCAACUCCAGCAAUGUCCUGAGUGCAGCCUGUAUCGUGGUGGUGGGGGGUACGCUGAAAAUGG